CACAGGACAAGAACACGAUAAAAAAAAAAAAGGGGAAACAUAUACGAGCGAGGUCUGCUGCUAUAGCAGACGAGGGCUUAUUCUCUUCUUCAAAAGUUUUGGUCUUGUUGAAGGGGUUAAGCUUCUCAUUUUUUUUCGUCAGUGUACAUCCAGUUCAUAUAUAGUUUUUUUUUUUUUGUUCCGCCAUUGUUUCGAAGCACAUAUCGAGGUUGCUGUUCUGCUAUUGAACGAGGAGGGAAGUGCAGACAUCUUUAUUUCGAGCUGAGUAGCGCAUCUGUUGGAGGGAUUGGAAGUAGAUCCGGCAGCUGCCUUAGUUUUUGAUCCGAUCAAUCUCCCACAAAAUGGUUGCUGCUGUCAAUCCUGUUGUCGGGUCCCAUGUUUGGGUAGAGGAUCCUGAAGUGUCUUGGAUUGAUGGUGAGGUUUUGGAGGCUAAUGGAGAAGAAAUCAAAGUCCUCUGCACUUCAGGGAAGACAGUGGUUGUUAAAGCUUCCAGUAUUUAUCCUAAAGAUACUGAGGUGCCGCCAUGUGGUGUGGAUGAUAUGACAAAGCUUGCUUACCUACAUGAACCUGGAGUCCUGGACAACCUGAGAAUGAGAUAUGAUAUCAAUGAAAUUUAUACUUACACUGGAAAUAUAUUGAUUGCUGUGAACCCUUUUACAAAGCUUCCUCAUCUAUAUGAUAGCCAUAUGAUGGCACAAUAUAAAGGGGCAGCUUUUGGUGAGUUGAGUCCACAUCCAUUUGCUGUUGCUGAUGCUGCAUAUAGGCUUAUGGUUAAUGAGGGAAUCAGCCAAUCAAUAUUGGUCAGUGGUGAAAGUGGGGCUGGUAAAACAGAGAGUACCAAAUUACUAAUGCGUUAUCUUGCUUACAUGGGAGGACGAGCAGCUGCUGAAGGUAGGACUGUUGAGCAGAAAGUCUUGGAGUCUAAUCCAGUUUUAGAAGCCUUCGGCAAUGCAAAGACUGUUAGGAACAAUAAUUCAAGUCGCUUUGGUAAAUUUGUGGAGAUUCAGUUUGAUCAGAUGGGGAGAAUUUCAGGAGCUGCAAUAAGAACUUAUCUUCUGGAAAGAUCACGUGUUUGCCAGGUGUCAAAUCCAGAGAGGAAUUAUCACUGUUUCUACAUGCUAUGUGCGGCACCUCCCGAGGAUGUUAAGAAGUACAAGUUGGGAAAGCCAGCAACAUUUCAUUAUCUAAAUCAAUCAAAUUGCUUUGAGAUAGAAGGGCUUGAUGAAGCUAAAGAAUAUGUUUCCACCAGGAGAGCAAUGGAUGUUGUUGGAAUAAGUUCUGAGGAGCAGGAUGCAAUAUUUCGUGUGGUGGCUGCAAUUUUGCAUCUUGGAAACAUUGAAUUUGCCAAAGGGAAGGAAAUAGACUCAUCUAUGCCCAAGGAUGAAAAAUCUAGGUUCCAUCUGCAGACUGCUGCUGAGCUUUUCAUGUGUGAUGCAAAGGCACUUGAAGAUUCUCUUUGCAAGCGUGUGAUUGUUACUCGUGAUGAGACAAUCAUAAAAUGUUUGGAUCCGGAAGCUGCUGCACUCAGCCGAGAUGCUUUGGCUAAAAUUGUGUACUCUAGGCUGUUUGAUUGGCUGGUGGAAAAAAUUAAUAGUUCAAUUGGUCAAGAUCCUGAUUCAAAGUCCCUGAUUGGCGUGCUGGAUAUUUAUGGUUUUGAGAGUUUCACAAAUAACAGUUUCGAGCAAUUUUGUAUUAAUUUGACAAAUGAAAAGCUUCAGCAACAUUUUAAUCAGCAUGUUUUCAAAAUGGAGCAAGAAGAAUACAAAAAAGAGGAGAUUGAUUGGAGUUACAUUGAAUUUGUUGACAAUCAAGAUAUUCUGGAUCUCAUUGAAAAGAAACCUGGAGGUAUUAUUGCUCUUCUCGAUGAAGCUUGUAUGUUUCCUAGAUCAACACAUGAAACUUUUGCUCAAAAACUGUACCAGACAUUCAAAAACCAUAAAAGGUUCAGCAAGCCCAAAUUAUCACGCAGUGACUUCACAAUAUUGCAUUAUGCUGGUGAUGUUACUUAUCAAACUGACUUGUUCCUGGACAAGAACAAAGAUUAUGUUGUUGCGGAACAUCAGGCACUUCUUAAUGCUUCCAAAUGCCCGUUUGUAUCGGGCUUGUUUCCCCCUGCCCCUGAAGAAUCAUCCAAACAAUCGAAGUUCUCUUCUAUAGGUUCUCGAUUUAAGCAACAAUUGCAAUCGCUACUUGAAACUCUCAGUGCCACGGAGCCACACUACAUUCGGUGUGUAAAACCCAAUAAUUUGCUUAAGCCAUCAAUUUUUGAGCAUAAAAAUGUUUUGCAGCAACUGCGCUGUGGGGGAGUUAUGGAGGCAAUAAGGAUCAGCUGUGCUGGAUAUCCUACUAGAAAAACCUUUGAUGAAUUUGCAGACAGAUUUGGCCUUCUUGCACCUGAAGCUCUGGAUGGAAGUCCUGAUGAGAUCACUGUUUGCAAGAGGAUUCUAGAGAAGGCUGGACUUCAAGGCUACCAGAUUGGUAAAACAAAGGUGUUUCUUCGAGCUGGGCAAAUGGCAGAACUUGAUACCCGUAGGAGUGAGAUUUUGGGAAAGUCAGCAAGCAUUAUUCAGAGGAAAGUUCGUUCCUUUUUGGCACGCCGAAGUUUUGUCUUGCUUCGCUUGUCUGCUAUACAGAUUCAAGCUUCAUGCAGAGGACAACUUGCUCGGCAUGUUUAUGAGGGAAUGCGGCAGGAGGCUUCUAGUGUGAAAAUUCAGAAGAAUUUCCGCAUGCAUAUUGCUAGGAACGCAUACAAAGAAUUGUAUGCAUCUGCCAUUUCUAUUCAGACUGGUAUGCGGGGGAUGGUUGCACGUUCUGAACUACGCUUUAGGAGGGAGACCAGAGCAGCAAUUGUUAUACAGAGCCAUUGCCGGAAAUACUUGGCACAGCAUCAUUUUAUGGACUUAAAGAAAGCGGCAAUUAGAACACAGUGUGCAUGGAGAGGAAGAGUUGCUCGGCGUGAAUUGCGAAAGCUCAAGAUGGCUGCGAGGGAAACUGGAGCUCUACAAGCUGCUAAAAAUAAGCUCGAAAAGCAAGUUGAAGAUCUUUCAUUGAGGUUGCAGUUGGAGAAACGAUUGAGGGUUGACAUGGAAGAAGCUAAAACACAAGAAAAUGAACGAUUACAAUCUGCUUUGCAAGAGAUGCAACUUCAGUUUAAAGAGACUAAAGUACUGCUUGAAAAGGAGCGUGAGGCUACAAAAAUGGAAGCAGAGAGAGCUCCUGUGAUACAGGAGGUUCCAGUUGUUGAUAAUGCAUUGCUAGAGAGGCUCACUAGUGAGAAUGAGAAACUCAAGACCUUGGUGAGUUCACUUGAAAAGAAAAUUGAUGAAACGGAAAAAAGGUUUGAAGAGGCAAACAAGAUUAGUGAAGAACGAACGAAGCAAGCCUUGGAGGCGGAGUCAAAGAUAAUUCAGUUGAAGACCGCUAUGCAAAGGCUUGAAGAAAAAUUUUUCGAUGUUGAGUCUGAAAAUCAGAUUCUUCGGCAACAAUCUUUGCUGAACUCGAAUGUAAAGAAAAUGUCAGAGCACCUCUCAACAACCCCUUCAGAUGAGAAGUUGGAAAAUGGUCACCAUGUGAUGGAAGAGCAAAAGGCUGUUGAAGCACAGACUCUUGCAACACCAGUUAAAAAGUUUGGUACAGAAUCUGAUAUCAAAUUAAGGAGAUCAUACAUUGAACGUCAGCAUGAGAAUGUUGAAGCACUAAUCAACUGUGUUAAAAAAAAUAUUGGAUUUAUUCAUGGGAAGCCUGUUGCUGCAUUUACCAUUUACAAAUGCCUUCUUCACUGGAAAUCAUUUGAAGCUGAGAGGACAAGUGUAUUUGAUCGCCUCAUCCAGAUGAUUGGUUCUGCAAUUGAGAAUCAAGAUGACAAUGAUCUCAUGGCUUACUGGCUGACAAAUACGUCCACAUUAUUGUUUUUGCUCCAAGAAAGUUUGAAAUCUGGUGGUACAAGUGAUGCAACUCCAGUUAAAAAACCACCAAAUCCAACAUCCCUUUUUGGAAGAAUGGCUAUGGGUUUUCGCUCAUCCCCUUCAUCUGCCAGCCUUGCUGUCCCUCCAUUGGACAUCGUCCGCAAAGUAGAGGCUAAGUACCCUGCUUUACUUUUUAAGCAGCAGCUCACAGCAUAUGUGGAGAAAAUAUAUGGUAUCAUUCGAGACAACUUGAAGAAGGAGUUAAAUCCAUUCCUUUCAUUAUGUAUCCAGGCACCUAGAGCAUCAAAGGGAGUGUUACGGUCUGGGCGAUCAUUUGGUAAAGACUCGCCUAUGGGUCACUGGCAGAGUAUUAUUGAAUCCCUCAACACCCUCCUCUGUACACUGAAGGAGAAUUUCGUACCUCCUGUUCUCAUCCAAAAGGUCUUUACUCAAACAUUCUCAUAUAUUAAUGUACAACUCUUCAAUAGUCUUCUACUACGCCGUGACUGUUGCACAUUCAGCAAUGGGGAAUAUGUAAAAGCUGGAUUGGCAGAAUUGGAACUAUGGUGCUGCCAAGCAAAGGAGGAGUAUGCUGGAUUAUCUUGGGAUGAGCUGAAGCACAUAAGACAGGCAGUCGGGUUCUUGGUCAUUCAUCAAAAGUACAGGAUUUCCUAUGAUGAAAUUACCAAUGAUUUGUGCCCUAUCCUGAGCGUCCAGCAGCUGUAUAGAAUAUGUACUCUUUACUGGGAUGCUAAUUAUAAUACUCGAAGUGUAUCCCCAGACGUCCUUUCAAGCAUGAGAGUGCUUAUGGCCGAGGACUCCAAUAAUGCUCAAACUGAUUCUUUCUUGCUGGAUGAUAAUUCCAGUAUUCCCUUCUCCGUGGAUGACCUUGCUACAUCGCUGCAAUCCAAGGAAUUCUCAGACAUGAAAGCAGCAGAUGAACUUCUUGAGAAUCCAGCCUUCCAAUUUUUAAAUGAGUAGGCCUAAUAGGAAGUUUAGUAAGCUUUUAUGUUGGUUUAUCUUGGGGGCAAUGAAAUCACAUCCCUUGAGAAUCCAUAGGCCUUGCUAUGGUGGUUGUAAAUCCUUUUAUAUUUUAUUCUUUUUCUAUCUAUUGGAUUGAAUCUCAGCAUCUUGCCCCUUCUGUAAAGUUAUUUUUUCAUUCUUUUGUUGGCAUUCAAUUGUAAAAUCUUUUGUUGUUAAAGAGGGGCAGGGAUAAUUUUAGGACGAGUGAAAAGCUGGCCUUCUUUAUUUC